ACGCUCUUCGAAAUUCGAAACCCUUCCUUUCUCUUUCUUCAAUUAAACAUUACAUUUCGCAACAGCUUUGCAUUCCAUUGUCUCUCUUAUCUAACCCACGCCACAUCCAGAAGAUAAUUAGAGAGAGAGAGAGUUGAUGUACAAUGUCAAAACCGCCGACGGCCCCGACGACGUCGCGUGCAACGCCAACGACGAUAAAGCCUGAAGACUACGCCCAUAGUCCGGUGCACUACGCCGUGGCAGUUGGGGAUCAUAAUACCCUGACCCGACUAGUUGCUUCUGUGGAGCGGCUCAGUGACCCGACUCGAAUUCACACCGAAUCUGACUCAAUCGCUCAGGAGCGACGCGCGGACAAAAUCGCCGCCGUUCUAGACCGACGGGACAAUCCCAACCGCGAGACGCCUCUGCAUUUGGCUGUCCGCCUCAACGAUGCUUUCGCUGUCCGAACACUUGCUAAUGCCGGAGCGGAUAUUUCUCUCCAGAACUCUGCUGGUUGGAACCCUCUCCAGGAGGCCAUUGUACGGAGGUGCUCGGACAUUGUCGCGACGCUCGUGCAGCACCACCACCUGGCCGCCUGGUUCAAGUGGCGCCGGCGUCUCCCCCGCCUCGUUUCCGGCCUCCGGAGAAUGCGCGACUUCUAUAUGGAGAUUUCCUUCCAUUUCGAGAGCUCCAUUGUUCCAUUCGUUGGCAAAAUCGCCCCUUCGGAUACGUACAAGAUCUGGAAACGCGACGCCAAUCUCAGAGCGGACACAUCCUUAGCGGGCUAUGACGGUUUGAAAAUUCAGCGUGCUAAUCAGAGCUUCCUCUUUUUCGGCGAGGGCGAUAGCAAUUUUGACAUUCCUGCCGGUUCACUUCUAGUUCUCAACCACGAUGACCGGAAAAUUUUCGAUGCAUUUGAAAAUGCCGGAAGUCCUUUAACCGACACCGAUGUCGCCAAUUUUUGUAGCCAAACGAGCGUAUAUCGUCCAGGAAUGGACGUUACGAAAGCAACACUCGUCGGCCGUACGAAUUGGAGAGGUCAAGAGAAGACGGAGAGCGUUGGAGAGUGGAAAUCUAGAGUUUACGAGGUGCACAAUGUGACUUUCAGCUUUCGAUCACGGAAAGCCGCCAGCGGAGAAGCCGGGAGCGAGCAAAUAUUACCAUUAGACUUGGAGAUUGAGGAUGAUGCCGACGAAGGAUUUCUAGUCGCCGAGAAUCCGCGAUUCAGCGUCUCCGUUGACUCAGCCAGCCGACAGAGACGCCACAGUAGCUUUGUUCGGGAGGAUCGAGAGUUCAUUAGUGUCUCACGAAAAAGUGUGGACAUAAUUCCAGAGCCGCGGCGAAGAUCGACGGCGAUACCGGUUGCGCCGGCUCCGCAGACGAAGGAGAAGGAGUUUGUGAAAAACCUAAAACCGUCAAUUUGGUUAACUGAGAAUUUUCCGUUAAAGACUGAGGAGUUGCUGCCGUUACUGGACAUUUUAGCCAACAAAGUGAAGGCCAUUAGGCGGAUGAGAGAGCUGUUGACGACAAAGUUUCCUCCGGGGACAUUUCCGGUGAAGGUGGCAAUACCGGUGGUCCCCACGGUGAGGGUGGUUAUAACCUUCACCAAAUUUGUUGAGCUGCAGCCAGUAGAACAGUUCUUCACGCCAUUUUCAAGCCCGAGGCAUCUUUCAGGCAACGACGACGACAGCACAGACGGCGGCGAUAUCUCGUUUUCUUCAAAGUCGUGGCUGUCAAGAGGCGGCAACCGGUCGUGCUCGACGAGCCAGCAGGAGAGCUGUAAUGGACAGCAAGGGGAUCCCUUCGCAAUCCCCGGUAACUAUAUCUGGAGCAGCUUCGAUGAGAGGAACAGCAGGAAGAUGAAGAAGUGCAGGUCUACAAGGAGAAGCAAGUGAAAAAAAGACAGGCAUGUUAUUCUUUUUGCUGCUUCAAUUCAAUUCUAUACGGUAAUGAGGCUUCAUUGUUGUUCUGAUUUUUGGUAUGAAAUAUGGACGACGUAGAGUGUAGAUAGGAAGAAAACAAAGUCUUAUUAGUAUUUGGCUAACUGCAAUCUCCAUGCGUUAAGCAGUAAAAGAAUUCUAUCUUGAAUUAUAUUUUCACCACAGUAUAAUGGCUGUGGUAUUGGUUAUCUUCAAUUGCUAAGCACUCAGUUGCACA